AUGAGAGGUCUUGUGGUAGCUUGUGGGCUUCUGGUCCUCUUGGCUGUUGUAUCAGCUAGGGAUUUGAGGGAGAAGCGAGAUGCGGACUUAGAAACCGCAGCUUCCCAUCAUGGUGGGAAGUGGGACAAGGGUGGUGGUCACGAGCACCACGGUCACCAUCACCACGAACACGGCGAUCACCACCACAAGGGACACAAAGGUCAUCACGAGCAUCAUCACGGGAAACACGGUCACCACCACCACGAAGGGCAUAAGGGGCAUCACGGCGAGCACGGCGGCCACAAGAAGCAUCAUCAUCAUGAUGAAGGGCACCAUCAUCAUCACCAUCACGGGGAGAAAGGUGACCACGGCCACGGGCAUCACGAGCACGGACACUUCCACAAAGGACACGACACGAAAGGACAUCACGGCGUUGAGAAGCAUGACGAGUUCAAGAAGCAUAAACACUUCCAUCAUCAUCACGGGGACAAGGGUCAUCAUGAGCAUCAUGGAGGACACCAUCACGAGGGUGGCUACAAGAAGGGCGGUCAUCAUCACAAAGGACACAAGCACGGAGGUCACCAUGAGCAUCACCAUGGCAAGAAGGGUCAUCAUGAGCACGGAGGUCAUCACCAUCACCACAAAGGUCAUCACGGGGAACACGGUCACCACGAGCACCAUCACGGUCACCAUGAUCACGGCAAGAAGGGCGGUCACGAACACCACAAGAGCUGGCACCACAAGGGUUAA